AUGACGAUAAAAUCGUUUAACUUGGUGGUAAAAAGUGAGCUGAAAAUUUCGAUGCGCAUGUCAAGUUCGCUGUCAAAGUCUUUUGUUUUCGCAGGUCCCAAAUGGGGCAUUCGCCACCUGCAGGUGCUGUUCCUCUUCACCUGCGCCACCUUGACCGUGGCCCAGAGGUUCAACAUGAGCGUGGCCAUUGUGGCCUUCACCAAUGCCAAUAGCAGUAACCCAAAUUAUCCGGAAUAUAAGUUGACGGAGCAGCAGAAGUCGUAUACGAUAAGUAGUCCCUUUUGGGGGUCGUGUUGCACCCAAAUGAUGAGUGGCUAUCUGUCGAGUCGCUUUGGAGCCAAGAUGCUGCUUCUGGCCAUCAUGCUCCUCACCGCCCUACUCAGCAUUGCCACGCCCAUCGCCUUGGCCUGGGGCGGCUGGCAGCUGCUCUUCUGCGUCCGCUUUGUCCAGGGACUCUUCAUGGGCGGCAUGUGGCCCUGCCUAUACACCCAUCUGGCCAAGUGGUGCCCCAAGAAGGAGGCGAAUCGACUGGGCGGCGUCAUGACGACGGGCCUGGAUUGCGGGACCAUAAUUGGAUUUGCCUUGAGUGGUGUGCUGUCCGCCUCGCCACGUUGGCCCAGCACCUUUUAUGUGCCAGGUUAUUUGGGAAUUGUUUGGUGCCUUCUUUUUUUACGUUACGGUGCCAACAGUCCAUCCGAAUCAAGAUUCAUUUCACUGGCGGAGCGCAAACAUAUUCAAUUGGCGCUGGAGCAGAAUAAGGUGAUUCGGGGUGAGACUCCUCCAGUGCCCUGGCUCCAAAUCCUUACCUCGCGUCCAUUUAUCGUGUUGGCUUUGUGUAAGAUGAGUCAGGCAUGCAGCUUCUACACGCUAAUGCAGCAAAUACCGCGCUACAUUCACGGCGUUUUCCACUACAGUAUUGCAGUCAAUGCUCUGCUCUCCGCACUGCCCUUCGUCGUCAUGCUGAUGUCCUCCUACGGAUUUAUUUUCCUGGCUGAAUACUUGACCAGAUAUCGAGACAUUCCGUUACCCAUUCUGCGAAAGACCAUCAAUUCAUUCGCCACCUGGACACCGGCUGUAGCCUUGGUGAGUCUGUCCUACGUCAGCGACCAGAAUGUUGUGGGCAGUAUGUGCUGUCUGGUCGCAGCAACAGCUGCCAUUUCCGGACAGGCUAUCGGAAGUUCCCUCAACCACGUGGACUUGUCGCCAAACUUCGCCGGACUGCUAUUUGGGAUCAGCAACACCUUGAUGUCUGCGGCUGGGGUGAUAUCACCCAUCUUUAUUGGACUGACUGUUACCAAUGAGUCGGAUCGCAUGCAAUGGCGAUUUGUUUUCCUUGGUAUCUCCGCUAUUCUUUUCCUGGGCAACUUGUUCUAUUUAAUCUUCGGUCGAAUGACUGUCCAGCCGUGGAAUGAUCUCCUGCCCAAAGAAACAGCAACUGAAGCAUCACCAAAAACAUUGGCAACUGCCACAACACCUGACGAAACGCUAUCCGUCGAAAAGUUUAACUAUUUGUAAUUGUAUAUUUGUAA